GGAAGCGCCAACUUUUAACUGGCCAAAAGCCAGUUAAAAGUUGUGUGUCCGACAUUUUAAAAAAAAAAAAACAUUUGCAUGACUUCUUCGCACAAAGUCCAGCAAUUAGACGGUGACCAAAGUGUGUUUAUUGUCUGGUACUGGAGGAAAGCAACAAGCUGUUGAGUCGAGACGUUUACGCUACUCCUGGACAGGUGGACAGCCAUUUUGCAGUUCUUGAGGAGCCAGCUUUGCCCAAAAUGGCCAACUCCGACAUACAAAAGUAUCAACACUAUAAAAGCAGCGUGUUCAAUUCAGAGCCUCCUGUUGGGGCAAAAGAGCUGAUCACCAGAUAUCGAAGCGGUAAGACCCAUGCUGUGUCCUUGCUGCAUCAGCUGGCCCAGACUUUUCAGUUCCAGCUGGAAAUCAAGGAGACGGUGACCACCGCCAACGUAACUGGGUUAUUGUUCGCCUUUUGCGUGCUUGUCGACGGCGUCAAGUACAAGACCGGCAUGGGGACGACAAAGAAGGCGGCCCGGCUCAAGGCAGCCGAGCUGGCUCUACAGGACCUUCUGCCCAAGUUGGAGAAAGACGAGGCUGACCUUCCCAAAAUGUCAGCUUUCCCCCCAUUUCAACCGGUCAAAGAUGAGUCCUCCCAAUCAGAGAUUCAAGCCGUCAGGCUUUUUCGUGAGAAGAAGAGUCCCGCUAACCUCCAGAUAGCAAACUCCGUCAGGGAUCAGCUCACCAAUUUGAUUAACAGCCACCCGCAGUUCUCCGCCUGUGCCACCUCCGUCGCGGCAUUCGUCAUUCAGACUCCCACUAGUUGUGACGUGGUAGCCAUCGGCACCGGCAACUACAGCACCAAUGACGGCACGUCGACAAACGGACGCGUUGUGCACGACUCUCAUGCGGUGGUCACUGCCAGGAGGUCUCUCAUGAGAUUCCUCUACCAGCACCUGCUGAUGUUCUUCAGCAAAACGACGCACCUGGAAGAGAAGUCCAUCUUCCAGCACAGUGGCAACGACCUCCUCAGCCUGAAGAGUGGCACCACGCUGCACCUCUACGUCAACCAAGUGCCCCAGGGCGCCGCUCAGAUGACCACCACACUGUCCCUGAACCCGCUUUCCAUAACGGCAUGGCAGAUGAACAAUGAGAUGAGCCUGCACCUGUCAGUGGAGGGAAAGGAGUUCUCGCUUUUCUCCACCGCCCUCGAGCUCCCGAGCACCAAGAUGGUCACUGUGUCGCCGAUGGACAAAAUCACUCAGUGGCAGGUGCUGGGCUACCAGGGAGCAUUGCUAAGCCACUUCAUAGAACCCGUCUAUGUUCAGACCAUCCUCGUGGGUGACUCGGGUGGCGGGGACAUCCGCGGCGUGGAGAUGACGGUGAACCGCCGCACGGAGGGCAUCACCACGCAGCUGCCCAUGUUCUACUGCAUGAUUAGGCCUCAAAUCAGCACAGUGCCCUCUGUAGCCGCCAGUAGUCCUGACAACGGCCCGGUGACCUACGGUUUCAACUGGAGCGAAGGCGACCGCUCCAUCGAGGUGGUGGACAGUCUGAAUGGCAAGACCAUCGACGAGUCUCCCUUCAAGAGUGGAUCUGCUCUGGCGAGCCGCCUGUGCAGGGCAGCGAUGCUGCACCGCUUCAAGUUGGUGGCAAAAGAGGCCCAGAGGCAGGACCUGCUAGCCGCAAGUUCAUACAGAGAAGCCAAGAGUGCGGCGGAGCCUUACCAGGCGGCCAAAAAUGUGCUGAGAGUGUACCUGAUGCAGCAAGGCUUUGGUUCCUGGCCAGACAAGCGCAAGGUCAACGAUGACUUCACCAUGUAGAAUUUCAAACAAAUGGUUCGAAUAAGAACUCUGCCAUGUUUGUUUCUCAUUGUUGAGGUCGUCAAAACCUAUGGUUAAAUAUCUUGUGUUUAGGACAACGUUUAUAAUACAUCUGCACCAAAUGUUUACAAUUUGUCAGAUUGCAGAUUGCAAAAUUGCUUCUUUUAGUUGUAAGCACAGCACAUGUGCUUGUUAAAUUGUUAAAUGUUUCUGCUGUCGGAAACAAAGUCACUCUUUCUGAGGUGUGUAUCGGAAACGACCUGUCCCUUUUCAUUUUUGUUACCUUUCGAAUUAUAUUUGCAUAUCAGCAAGCGUAGUGUCUAAGCAGUGGGAAAAUGUUAUAACGCUUGUAUAACAGCAUCCAAGCUGUACCGUUUGAGUAAGAGUUUGAGGUUACAUGUAUCAUUGCAUUCCAACAUAAAAAUAUAUA